AUGAGUUCCAGUUCAUCUCCAGCUCCGACUCCCUCAGCGAAAGGUGUACGGGCUUUUUGUCGUGCUUUCGAUUCCAUCAAUCAUGGUGCCCUCUGGUCCUGGCUGCACCAUAUUGGAGUGAGUAGCAAAAUUAUCUACAUCGUCAAAUUCCUCUAUGAGCAUGCCAGCUUGCAAGUGAGGUCAGAGGGGAAGCUUUCGGCUGAGACAGAGAUCACAGAAGGUGUCCGUCAGGGUGAAAGCUUGAGGCCACUCCUCUUUAUACUGUUCAUCAAUGACAUUGAUCUAUAUCUCAGAGGGAAAGGCCAUUAUGACCCCUCGAUCGACUCGAAUAAUGAUCUGUUGACUCUUCUCUUUGCUGACGACCUGUUGAUACUCACUGGGAGCCAGAUCCACCUACAUCACAUCCUUCAUGACCUCGAGGAUUAUUCCAACAGCAAGUAUCUUAAAGUGAAUGUAUCAAAGACCAAGACCAAUGUGGUGUUCAGGAGGGCUGGACUGAUAUCACGGAUACAGGGUUUUCCCCUUGAAAGAGCGGGUGAGUCGGUGGAAACUGUAUCCUCUUAUACUUAUCUAGGGAUACCGUUUUCUACCGCUGCCCUUGGAUGGCUUCCAGCUAAAUCAGCAAUUAAAAAGGCCAAAGUUGCGGUUGGCUCAGUACUUGGACUUCUCUCACGUGCCACCUCUGACUCUUGGUAUGCUACUUUGAACCUCUUUGAUAGCAUUGUUGUUUCCACGCUACUCUACGCUGCUCCUGCUUGGGCCCUCCAAUACAUCGAGGACAUUGAACUCAUCCAGUCGAAUUUUUACAAGAGACUGUUGCUACUCCCCAGUAACACUCCCAGCUAUGUUCUCAGGCGUGAGGUGGGUUCCACAAGACUUGGGUAUCUGGUGGUUAAACUGAUCCUGAGGUGGUACAUCAAGGUGCUCAAGAUGGAGGACCAUAGGCUCCCUAAAGUGUGUCUGUGUCGCCUCAUGGAUCUGGCUGUUCCUGUCCUGAGCCAGGGUGCGCUUGGUGAUGUCCAGAGGCAUACUAUAAACUACAACCCAGUCCUGCAGCUAGCCAGAGUCCUCACAGCAACCAACAUCGAUUUCAACUGCACUAGCAAAGACUUCGUGUAUUGGGAAUCUGAGGAAGUGCGUGUUCUCCUCUCCCUCAAGGAGUUCUACCUAGAUGCUGACAUAGCAGCUUGCAACGCGUCCAGUUUUUGCCAGAUGAAUCUCCCCUGUACCAGGCAACUUGAACCUGCUGCAGCCUCAUUCUGA